GAACGGACGGACGUCAGUGACGGCAGAGGGCAAGGAGUUGCAACGGCAGCGCCCCUGGAUUUAGGAUCAGUGUUGGUGCAGACCUUCUCUGGGUUCUCAAUUGGACCGAUUGCCAGCACCCGCAAUCAUGCCUGUGAUUCAGCUCAACUCAGAUGCAGAGGUGGCACCGGCCCUGCAAGCUUGCGGCGAGGACUUGGUCGUCAUUGACUUUUUCGCCACCUGGUGUGGACCGUGCCAGCGUAUUGCCCCGGCGGUGGAGACAAUGAGCAACAAGUAUCCCAAUGUUCGCUUCUUCAAGGUUGACGUGGACGUGUGCCGCGAGACCAAGACGGCCUUUCGUAUCCGCGCCAUGCCCACCUUUGUUUUUGUCAAGAACACUCGCUCCAUUGACACCCUCUCCGGUGCUGACCCCGCUGCCCUCGAGGCCAAGAUCCGCGAGCACCUCGCUGGUGGCAACGGUGCUGCAGCCGGGGCCCCCGUCUCUGACAGCCUGGUGCCUGGCCAGUGGAAGCUGAACCGCUUCAUCAACAUGCAACAGACCGAGGUGCUCAACCUGCACGAAGAAAGCAAGGCCGAGGCGCUUGCCGCAGACGACAGCAGCCUUGUGCGCUCCGAUGCCGACGAGCAGCUCAUUCUCUCCCUUGGUCUCUCUCAGCCUGUCCGCAUCCACUCACUGCGCAUCAAGGCACCUGCCGAUGGUCGCGCCCCGAUGACCGUCAAGCUUUUUGUCAACCCUCUGGCCACCCCCGAUUUUGACAGCGUGGAAGACGCUUCCCCUGUCCAGACCCUGACUUUCAGCCCGGACGAUGUCAAGGAGGGCGUGCCCAAGGCGCUAGAGUUUGUCAAGUUUCAAAACGUCAACACCCUCGCGAUCUUCAUCGAGGACAACCAGGGUGGCGAGGAUGAGACGGCCUUUUCUUAUCUGGAGUUAAUUGGUUCAACUCGCGAUGCGACCAACAUGAAGGACUUUAAGCGUGUGGCCGGCGAGGCAGGCGAAGCACACUCCUAA